UCUUGGAACUGCUAAGCAAGCAGAAGGCAACUUACUCAUUCAAGAACACCCCAAGGAAGAGCUCACAAACACUGACUUACAAAGACAAGGACAUAGACCUCUCACCAACACAAUAUGACCUCUUUCCUGCUCCAGUUCCAACAUACCCCGUCUCGGCACUAUAUGUUUCGUUCUGCAGUUCAAAGGUUCCCAACAAUUCAUUUCACUCCGAGAGAAGGCCCAGGACCAGGCUACUACAACUUGAAGGAGGAGAAGUGCCAACCCCUGACAUCCUGCUUCCAGUCCAAAGUGCCCAGAUUCCUUCCUAUAUGUUCUAAAACCCCGGGGCCGGGCACCUACUCCCCCACCAGACAAAUGCCCAAGCAGCCUCGGACCAUCGCCAAGAUGGGGCGGGAGCACAACAUUUUCUUCAACAACACCUUUGACUUUUAAGGACGACCGCCGCUAAACCUCCCUGCUGACAUUUCUUUCACGGAAACCGCAGUCAAACCUCCCCGCCGCCUCGUCUCUCCCUCGGCGACCGCGGCCAGAGAGUCCACGGCCUUCAUCCUCUCACCCCGCCACAAAGGGACGAGGGGGUGGAGCCUUGGGGACGGGCCCCCGGUAAGCGGCGGGUGGGUCGGUGGAGUCGGGGUCCUGGCAUCAGCCCCGGUGUCCCGCCCCCACCUCAGCGGCCCCGCCCCACCUACCCGAGCUGGGAGACUCCAUGCAGGGCCUGCCAGGUGCGCAGCAGGUGACGGCAGGUGACGAGGGCUUCUUCCGGGCCGCAGACCACCUGCUCCAGCUUCACCUUGGUGAACAGCAGGCUGCGGGCCGGGCACAGAAACGGCACGUGGCUCCGCCCGCCUCCCGCCCCGGCAAGACCACCUCGCGCCCGCUCGAGCCACCUCCGCCCGCGCGACAGAGUCACGGACCGCCGAGCCGGACUCGGGGAGGCUCUGGCCCGUGCUCGGUCUGGGCCCUGACUCCGCCCGGGACUCGGGUGGGUCUGGGUUAAUAAUAAUAAUUAAUAAUCA